AUGUCUUCACUCCAGUGGGAUAGAAUAUUGGUUGGAAUUACCUGCUGUGUAGUGACUGCGACGCUUUGGGCACUGUGCUUUUGGCAGCUUGUCCUCAAGUUUAAAACAGACACUACAGAAUCUGUGGUACCUCCAUGCUUCUGUGUCAACGGUGGUGUCUGCCGCGAUGGAGCCUGCAUGUGCCCAGAGGAGUGGGUGGGAUCUCUUUGUGAGAUAGUUAAUUUCUGUGAAGCCAGUACUUACACAGUGAACACUUCUGAAGGCAUUAUGAGAAACCUUACUUUUGAACGGAUUAUAAUGGGUAAAUAUGGCAACUCCAAAGAAAAAUGUGAACCAAAUACUGUGAAUGGUAACAUUUCAAUAGCAAUCCGAAUGUGCUCCAGAGAAGGGGAAACUCCUACUUUAGAGUCCCCCAAAAUUCUGAAUUGCGAUUACAAUUUUGACUCCUUAGCAUCACAGGUUGAAAUGGAGUCCAGCAAUGUUCCAGCCAUCGCAAAUAACGUGCAAAUCCUCACCUCCAUGCCAGAACAACUGACCUCACAGAACAUCUCUGAUGCUGCGAGCAUUGCAGUGCAGAUUCUGAAAAAGCCAAAUGUUUCAGAAGAUUCUAAGGCAUCUGUGGCAGUAAUGGCUACCUUGAGUCAACUCUUGGAUGCCAAUGAAACAGAAUUUAAGCAUGGUGAUUUUGUCCAUGUUGCAAAAAGCCUCACAAAAACUAUGGAAGAAUUUUCUUUGACUAGUAACAUCUCACAGCCCAAUGUUGCAGUCCAGUCUGCUCCACUGAAAUUAAGCUCCUCUACGAUUCUGUUUUCAGCACAGAGAGAUACAGCACUGGGAUAUUAUCCGUCAACAAAACUAGAAAUACAGGAAAAUGUCCAUGGGCUUCUUAAUGACCUCAGAACUGAAGUUCAGAUACUGUUCAACAUUACAAGUAACAGUUCAUCAUACAAUGGAAGAGUUGGCUUUGUGCUGUAUCAAAAUGACAAACUCUUCCAGUCAAGGAUUUAUCAGAGCCGCAGUAGCUACUCUAAACAAAUUGUCUCUGGCAAUAUUAAUGGUGGAAAUACCAGCAGUAUUGAAAUAGCCUUCAGUCCCAAGUACAACACGUCCGAACUGCAGCUGCAUGAUCAUGCCUGUGUGUUUUGGGACUACACGAUCAAUGACUGGAGCACUGCAGGCUGUGCAAAAAGAAGAGACCAGUUCCUGAGAUGCAGGUGUAAUCACACUACUAAUUUUGCCAUCCUGAUGGCCUUCCAGAUCAAAUAUAAAUAUGCAAAGCCUUUGGAAUAUAUUUCUUACAUUGGUGUUGGAUUGUCUGUGGCUGGUCUGGUCAUUACAAUUCUGUUUCAAAUAUUCACUAGGAAAACUCGAAAGUCAUCUGUAACAUGGAUGUUAGUGAGUCUCUGCUUCUCUAUGCUCACUUUUAACAUCAUCUUCAUCUCUGGAAUUGAAAACCAAAAUGCCAGGAACCACAGCAGAGAUACCACCAGUUACCACCAGCAACACCUUCCUUAUGAUACUGCCAAUAACACUUUACUAACAUCUGAGAUCGUAGAUCCUCCUGCAGACUCCUGGUGCACAGCUGUGGCUGUCCUACUGCACUAUUUUUUGUUGGCAACAUUUAUGUGGACAGCAAUCAAUUCUGCACAGUUGUACUUACUUCUCCUUAGAGCCAUGAAGCCCCUACCUGGACACUUCCUCAUAUUCAUGUCAGUAAUCGGAUGGGGAAUCCCUGCUGUAGUAGUUGCAGUAACACUUGGAGCUACUUACAGAGAAGGAAAAGCUUUAAACUACCGACAGGAAGAAUUUUGCUGGCUUGCAGCACUGGAUCAUAAUCGGAAUUUCAGUGUACAAAAGCCCAUGCUGUGGUCAUUCCUCUUGCCAGUGGCACUUGUACUCCUGUUUAACAUCAUCAUCUUCAUCAAGAUCUGUGUCUCUGUGAUAUGGAAGAAUAAUAAGGAUUUGACAAGGAAUAAGAAGGAUUCAUUUAUGAAAAAGAUGAUUGGCACUAUCUCUAUAGUGGUCGUACUUGGAAUCACCUGGGUGGUAGGCUACCUCAUGUUAAUAAGUCAUGAAGAAACAAGUGUUGCUUUCAGUUAUAUGUUCUGCAUUUUGAAUACUACUCAGGGACUUCAGAUUUGUAUUCUGUAUACUUUCAGAUCACCAAUCUUCAAGAAAAAAGUUUCCGAAGUGUUUCCUGUUUUCAGGGUGCCAGAGGUACCACUGUAUCUGCAUUCAAAAACAUACUACAUUUCAAGAGCACAGCUUGCAAAACAUUCACAAGAAACUUUCAGAUCAACCCAGACUUUUUCAGAUAGCAUUUCCUUAUCAACCUUCCCUAAUGGGAGUUAA